UCCGGCCGUCCGUUCCAAUACCAAUAAACGAACGGCUGCUUAUUAGCAAUCUCGUAUAUUCCGCAAACGUCCGCUUUUUCGUAUAUAAAUCUAAUGUGAAUCGUUGGUAAGACAUCACUUCUUUGGUGGAAACUUAACUGCUAAGUUUAGCUCCAGUCUCUCGCGUCUCUUACGAGUGAAGUGAACAUCAAGUCGAUAAAUCAAAAUCAAUUCAAAACUAAAUAUUUUUUUAAGGAUAAAAGUCAUUGUGCUUGUAUUCGUGUGUGCUUUAUUUUGAAAAUAUCAACGACAACAACAACAAAAAAGUGUUCAAAAUGAAAUUCAACGCUUCCUUUGCAUUAAUUGUGAUCUGCGGUUUGGUGGCCUGCAGCCAGGCAUUGCCUGCCAAGAAGAGGUUGGCCUACUACCAACAACCCGCUGCAGCCCAAUACUAUGCCGCCCCUCAACGUAUGAUGUUCAUGCGUUACGUCCAACCCACAUAUGGUAACGCUCGCUCUCAUCAAGCUGCUGCCGCUUUGGUUGCUGGUGAUUCAGUCGCCACUGGCACUUAUCUGCAAGAUUGUGUCCACACAGGAGCCGAUGGUGUUGUUGCUGCUGCUGGACCCGCUGAAGCUGCUAGCUUCUCUGGUGAAGAAGACGCCAUCGCUGCUGCCGGUGCUCAUGUUGCUCACUCUGUUGCCGAAGCCUACCCAGCUGCUGGCGUUUCCGCUGAUGAACAACACAAAGUGACCGUGCAAGUUGAUUUGGAUCCCGCAGUCAGCGCUGAGGCCAGCGAUGAUGAUGCUAAGGAAGGUCGCGAAUACAGCUACGAUGUGCCUGCUGGCGCUGCUGAUGUUGAAGUAAAUCUGGCUGGUGAAGCUGCUACUGUUGCUGAAGUUGAGAGCCCUGCUGCCUCCGCGCCCGGUGUCGCUGCUGGUAAUGUUGGUGUAUCUGUUGGUUUCUCCGGCGCUGCCGAAUCAGAAGUCCCCGUGGUCGGUGGCAGUGCUGUUGCCUCAAAGGGUAUUGAUGUGAAUGUUAAAUUACCUGCUCCAGCACCAAUUGCUCCCGUCGCUCCAGUUAAACCAGCCAGACGUUACUUGCCAGCCAACAAGAAGGUGAUUGUUGAAUUAGAACAAGCUGCCGACGCUGAAGACGAUGCCGAAAACGCCGUUGCUGUGCAAGAUGAUGAAGACGUAGAAGAGGAUGAUGCCUACGCACCAGUGCCAGUUGCUCCUAAAGUUCCUGCCCGUCGUCCAGUUGCCAGAAAACCCGCUAAGGCCGGUUGCGCCGGUUGCUCAAAGGCCAAGCCAUUGCCAGCUGGUACCUUCUUCCCCGUUGACUUUGGUGGCGCUACCGGUGGUGCCAUCGCCAUUGCCAACUCUUUCAGCACUGGUGAGGGUGGUGCUGCCACUAGCCACGCCAUUGCCUAUGGCAAUCCCGAACAGGCUCGCACUCAUGUGCGUCCCAGCAGACGUCAUUAGGAUAACUCGCGUUAAAAAGAACUUAAUAACUUUGUAAAAUCCAUAAUCGCCUACGCAACGCAAAUGACUUGAUUAUGUAAUGCCUGGACAAAUUAUUUUUAAAGCCCCUUAAUGAUUGUUUCUUUAAUUAAAUAUUUUAUUAUUUGUUUUCAACUUCUUAGCCCAAUUGUACUACAUGACGACAACAUAAAA